UUGCGCGUGCGGUGCUGGAGCGGGGUCGGUCGGACCGAGAGGGCAAGCAGCGGCCACGCAGGAACACAGUGUAUUAAACAAUCUAAGCAACCAUGCUGGCUGCAAGGCUAGUAUGCCUGAGGGCGUUACCAUGCCAGACUAUCCGCCCCGCCAUUACUCAGGCUUCCCCAGCUUUGAGGAGCUCUGGUAUAAAAGCAUACAGGCUGUGGCAGCCUAACCAGUGUUAUGCCACCAGAGUAAGAACGGGUGUAAGGCGUGGAAAAAUUGGCCAGGAAAUUAAAGAAGCAGUAUUUGAGCCAUCUGCAGAAACAGCACUUAAAGCUGAUCGCCUGGGGAAAUUUAUUGUUGCUGGAGGGGCUGCUGUUGGCCUGGGGGCCCUCUGUUACUAUGGAAUGGGCAUGUCCAGCGAGAUUGGAGCUAUUGAAAGAGCUGUUAUUUGGCCACAGUAUGUGAAAGACAGAAUUCACUCUACUUACAUGUACUUUGCGGGAAGCAUUGGUUUGACGGCACUGUCUGCUGUAGCAGUAAGCAGAUCUCCGGCACUCAUGAGCCUUAUGACAAAAGGCUCCUGGCUGGCAAUAGGUGCAACUUUUGCAGCUAUGAUUGGUGCUGGAAUGUUGGUCAGGUCCAUAUCCUAUGAAAAUAGUCCAGCAGCUAAACAUUUGGCUUGGAUGAUGCAUUCAGGUGUCAUGGGUGCAGUGGUGGCUCCUCUAGCCUUCUUGGGUGGUCCUUUGCUGAUCAGAGCUGCCUGGUACACUGCUGGAAUCGUUGGAGGGCUCUCAACUGUGGCCAUGUGUGCUCCGAGUGAAAAAUUUCUGAACAUGGGAGGACCACUUGGAAUAGGCUUAGGCUUCGUUCUUGCCUCUUCAAUUGGAUCCAUGUUCUUGCCUCCUACUUCUGCUUUUGGUGCUGGCUUGUAUUCAGUAGCUGUUUAUGGUGGAUUGGUACUCUUUGGCAUGUUCCUGCUCUACGAUACGCAGCAUGUUAUCAAGCGUGCAGAAACUAUUCCGUAUUACGGAGUAACAAAAUAUGAUCCAAUCAAUGCCUGCAUGGGUAUCUACACAGAUACGCUGAACAUCUUCAUUCGUGUGGCGACCAUGCUUGCAGGUGGUGGAGGUGGCAGGAGAAAGUAAACUGAGACUCCUUUUUGCAGCUGUCUGACAGCCUACCAAAUGCACAUACUAAAUAAAAAUUCAUGUUUAUAAGCAGUUUUGCUGCAAGUCAGAAGUUUAAAGCAUUUCAGUAUAUUGUUUCAGUGCAAUGUGAUUCAGACUUAAUAGUUUUUCUUCGAACACUUUCCAUCUCUGUGUUUAAAAUAGUGUGAACUGCUUCUAAUUGUACAUUAUUUUGGGAAAGUAAAUUAUUUUUAAUAUAUGAGUAAAAUAGUCUAUCUGCUUUUUAAUGGAUUUGACAGCAGUUCAACUCUUUAGUUUCUUUUACUGUUACUGCAUGGUAAAGGAAGUAAUUUCUAAACUGGUAUCUUACAUGCAGAUAGGGACACAAGCUACUUCAUGAAAUGCUGUUGAGAUGCAUUAGUUUUCAGUUAAGAUUGCAUAAAUUAUAUUUUAGUGACACACGAAGAAGAACUGAACAAAUUGGGUAUGGCACUAAAUGCAGUAAUGACUUCUGUGUGGGCAGAAAUUUCAGAAAGGUUUAAGCAAUUGUCAGAAAUGCAUUGGAUUUGAUGGGUGAGGUGACCAAAAAGUAUAAAGGAGACAAGAUGAGGAAACUAUGUAGCAUUUGUCCCGUAUGAACUUCAGUCUCUUUCUGGAGUACACAUGAGAACUCCUUGAUUUAACGUUGACUGGAUGUAAUAGCUAGGUUGUUUUGAUACUGAAUUUAUCAAAGUGUUGAAUAGCAAUAGAGGUGUGUCUUUCUUCCAGUGACUAAAUUUCAGUAUUGCAGAUGAAGCCCUGUCCUUCAGAAGAGCUCCUAGAGCUCAUGUCUUACAAGCUUGUACAAUUGGCACAGAAAGAGGGAAUUGAGGAUGGCCUGCUGUUAAUCCAAGUAUCAUAAAUUUACCAUACUGUUGUAUGCUUUAGUCGGUUUCUAACUCUUCUCUAAAUUGGUAUGUUUAGCUUGGUCUAAGAGAAAUGUUCCCCAUCAGUGAAAUUGAUUUAACAUUAAGAAAUUUAUGCUUACCAAACUCUAUUGCUGUAUGUUGGAAUAAAAGGUGAGUUCUUGGGCACAAGGAAGUUUUGAGCUAAUGUCAACAACUCAGACUUUCAAUUUCUGGUAAAUAUGCUAUGUUUAUGUACUGACUUAUGGAACAAUAAAAUUCUAGCCUGACAAGUUGA